AUGAAACGUCCGCCGAAGAAGACCGUGCUUCCUGCACCCCCUCCGAAGUCAGGUGAGAAGGAGAGGUCGCUGCUGGACAAGGGACACCACUCUGAGCCUGCUACGCCGAAGCCGAUGUUGAAGGAGGCGGUUGGUCCCUUCGCGGACGAUACUUGGAUGUCGCUGGAGAAGAAGCUUGCCUCAUUGAGUUUCACUUCCCUGGAGGACAAGGCUCAGGGGGAGUCAAGCACUGCAACGGACGGCAAGGAGAAGGGAGUUGAGUCGGACGCGCCUGCCGAUGGGGCUCCCGCGGACCCUGUGGAAGAAGAGGACGAGGAUGACGAAGAGGAUGAUGGAUAUUUGAGUGACGACCCUGAAGAAAGGUUGGAUCCGGUGCGUGCAGGUGAAGUCGCGGCGCUUGCGGGCUUCACACUCACCCUGCUGAUCCCUCACGAUUGGGUGAAGGAAGUCCCACGGACUAUUGACACGGUAAAGGAGCUGAUCGUUUAUUGGAAGAAGGCGCUGACUCCGCAAGCGCAAACCACGACGAACUUCCAGAUACUGCAGCCGGCGUACCUGUCGAAGAAGCGUUUCGGUAGGAUGCAGGUUACCUUCAGGAUGGCUGCGGAUGCGAACUACGUCUGGCGCCGUCGCGUGGAGCAUUUUUGUGUAAACAACGAGAAGCUGAUCUUGGACUGGCAGCACCCGGAGAACUCGCUGUACCUCAAGGAGCGUGCACAGAACCCGGAUGCAAUCGAAGUGUUGUUGAAGAGUGUGCCGGAGGAAAUCUCAUCGGAUAUGGUCUACAAGUUCCUGGUGAAGACUCCGCUGGAGAAGCAUGGCCACCCCCCUUUUCAGCAUGGCGCGGCUUUCCACCGGAUGGUGGACCCUGUGACGGGGGCUGACACGGACAAAAUUAAGGGUGGUGAAAGUGCACCCAAAGGAUACGUAUCGGUGGUGGCACAUGCUGAAGCAUGCGAGAAGGUGCGCGGCUCCAGCUUCGCACAGGCGUUGCCACACGUGCGUUCAGUCCAGCACUGCACCGCGAUCCUGAAAGGGGGAGGUGCUACUCGGGCGAGAUGGGGGAAGGUGAACCUUAUUGCGAUCCGCAAGGAGUUUGGACUGUGA